AUGUGGACACCAAUCAGCUACAUAAGGAGUCAUCCUGAAGAAUUUCCAAAAGCCCCCGCAGACAGCAUCUCGUACCAGUUCUCAUUUUACUGUGGCGGUCUGUGCGUUGGAGUAUGCGUUUUCAUCAUUUACACUCUAGCAAUCCGGCGAUAUAGAGCGAUUUAUAGGAGGAACAGACCGUGGUUCAAUCCGAGCGGGGCUGUUCCUACGAUGCUCGGCGGAAUCAUAUUUGCCAUCGGAAUGAGCUUAUUUGUCAUUGCUAUCGAUAAUCUCGAUCAAGCAAUUGCAUAUCCCAUCUGCGCAAUGGCGCCAAACUUGGUCGUGUUGAGCUGGAGCAUACUCUACUUUAAAGAAAUUACGGGUCGACGAAAUUUGACAUUUUUGGCGAGUGCAUACGGGCUUACUCUGACAGGAGUAAUACUUAUAGCCAUUUCAAAAGAAUUUUCCUUCGCUUGA